AUGGCCAGCAGCACCCAGCCUCCCUACCAGGACCCAGUCGUCCCCUUCUCUGGGAUCAUCCAAGGGGGUCUCCAGGAGGGACAUUGCAUCACUGUCAAGGGAGCCGUCUUAGCCUCCAGUGGAACCAGGUUUGCUGUGAACUUUCAGAUUGGCCCCAGCGACAAUGACAUUGCCUUCCACUUCAACCCUCGGUUUGAAAGAGGCGGGUAUUUGGUCUGCAACACGAAGCAGAACGGACGCUGGGGGCCGGAGGAGAGGAAGAAGCACCUACCCUUUCAGAAAGGAAGUCCUUUUGAGCUCAGCUUCCUGGUGCAGAGAUCACAUUUCCAGGUGACAGUGAACGGGAGCCUCUUUGUGCAGUACUCACACCGUGUGCCCUUCCACCGCGUGGACACCCUCUCUGUUACCGGCAUUGUGCAGCUGUCCUCCAUCAGCUUCCAGAACACCCGCGCAGCCCCUGUCCAGCCCGCCUUCUCCACGAUGCACUUCUCCCAGGCUGCCCAUUUCCCACACAAGCCCAAGGGGCACAAACUGACUGUGGAGCUCCAGGGAGCCCUGCAGGGCAGCCCGACUUGGGCCCCGGCCUGGGCAGGACAGGUCCCUUUUCAACAGAAUCCCUUAGUCCCACCUCCAGCAUAUCCCAACCCAGCCUAUACGCUGCCAUUCUUCACCAGCAUCCCGGGUGGGCUGUACCCCUCCAAGAGCAUCACCGUGUCGGGCACCGUCCUGCCCAGUGCUCAGAGGUUCUACAUCAACCUGCACUCUGGGAAUGACAUCGCCUUCCACCUGAACACCCGUUUCAAAGAGAAUGCCGUGGUCCGCAACACGCAGGUCAACGGUUCUUGGGGGCCUGAGGAGCGAAGCCUGUCAGGAAAAAUGCCCUUCACCCGGGGCCAGAGCUUCUCAGUGUGUAUCACGUGUGAAAGCCACUGCCUCAGGGUGACUGUGGAUGGUAGGCACCUGUGUGAAUACUACCACCGCCUGAAGAACCUGCGUGCUAUCAACAACGUGGAAGUAGGGGGCGACAUCCAGCUGAGCCACGUGCAGACAUAGGCGGGAUCCCUGCCCAGGGAACGAGGGCUGGGGCAUGUUGCUGUCCGGAUCUGCUUAUCACCUCCACCUUCCCUGUCCCUGCCUCAGCCCCAGCGCUUCCCAGCCUGCUGAAGAUCUCUGCUGGGGAGACCCCGUCCUUGUCUGGCCCUGCUGAGGCUGCAGCCAGCCUGGAGUGGCGAGGGUAGCUGGCUGGGACUGCCUUCCUCAGUCGGGGCAGGA